AAAAAAAUCAGCUGCGCAACAGAGAAAACAAAGAAGUUAGUAAGAACCAGUUGAACAAAAAGUGUUCCAAGAUUGGUAUUUGUCGUUUCCUUGCAAUAAGGUGUUAUAUUUAGCAACUGUAGAAAGAUAUUGAGUUUGUUCCCAACAAAUUUCUCUUAAUUUAACGGAUGAGUCAAAUCCGACAAGAAAAUGACUCCAAUUCAGGAGGUUUCUUCGUCAACUUUAACCAAGACUGCACGUCUCUGGCUGUGGGAACAAAGAUCUGCUACAGGCUGUUUUCUUUGUCUUCUGUGGAUCGCUUAGAUCUCAUAUAUGAAAGCAGUAGUGAAUUGGAUGGAGAUGUGUGUCUUGUGGAAAGAUUGUUUUCUAGCAGCCUCGUAGCAGUAGUCAGCUUAUCAUCCCCACGCAAGCUGAAAGUUUGCCACUUCAAGAAAGGAACAGAGAUCUGCAAUUACUCUUAUUCCAAUACCAUUCUAGCUGUAAAACUUAACAGAGCUAGAUUGGUAGUGUGUUUGGAGGAGUCUCUGUACAUCCACAACAUAAGAGAUAUGAAAGUUUUACAUACUAUACGUGACACUCCUCCAAACCCCCAAGGUUUAUGUGCAUUAUCUCCCAACAAUGACCAUUGCUAUCUAGCCUAUCCUGGCUCUUCAAGUAUUGGAGAAGUCCAAAUUUUUGAUGCCUACAAUUUGCAAGCUAAAACCAUGAUACCAGCUCAUGAUUCGCCACUGGCUGCAAUUGCCUUUAGCUCAACAGGAACUCUAAUUGCGACUGCCUCCGAGAAAGGAACUGUUAUUCGAAUCUUCAAGGUGUCUGAUGGCGCUCGUCUGCACGAGUUUCGACGAGGAGUAAAACGUUGUGCCACAAUUUACAGCUUGGCAUUCAGUGCUGAUUCCAACUUUUUGGUUGCUUCAUCAAAUACAGAGACAGUUCAUGUCUUCCGAUUAGAAACCACCAAAGAUGCACAACGUCCUGGUUCAUCUAGCGAAGAGCCUCAAGGCUGGAUGGGUUACCUUUCCAAGGCAGUCUCUGUUUCUGCCAGCUAUCUGCCAACUCAGGUGGCUGACGUAUUCAGUCAAGGCAGAGCGUUUGCUACAGUUCAUCUCCCAUUCCAAGGCGUUCGAAAUGUCUGCGCUCUCGCUACAAUCCAAAAAGUCACUCGUUUAUUGAUUGCAUCAACGGAUGGGUAUGUUUACAUUUAUGCCAUCAACCCGUUAGAAGGAGGUGACUGCACGUUGUUGAAGCAACAUCGACUGGAUGGAUCAACUGAAAGUGGUCCUGAAAAUUCUCAAUCGUCGGAAGUUCACAGUGGAGGCCAAGGCAAAGUCAAAUUAGAUUCGACAGGUAGCUACGCGCUCAUUGUCAGGGGACGACCAUUCUCUCAGAUGACAGCUGAUGUCCUAGGAGAUUCUGAAAAGUUCCACGAUAUGGAGCGCGCCACGGAAGUUCCACCGGUUAACCAUCUACGCUUGGAUGACGAUGGAGAAUUCCCGCCCAUGACUCAAAAGCUGGAUUGAAUUUCUAUUUUGUUCCAAAUAUUUUAUCAAGGAUAAUUUUCUAUCUUUUUUCCAAAAUGUGCUACAAUAUUCAACUCUAUCCCUCUCCUUACCCGGUCGGCCGUACUGAGAUGAUGACAAACAUCGGAUUCUCUUUUUUUUUUUUCCUACGAUUGUUGAGUUAAAACCUAGCUUCUUCUUAGUUUAGACCAUUCCCCAUCGUCUCGGUCAAUAAUCGAGGAUAAGAUUCUUUACAUUUUUUGGUUCUCCUAGUGUCAGUGUGUAAAUACAUUUGCCCUAAAAAUAC